UGGAGCUGAGCUCGAGCCCAUAAAUAGCUCUGUGAUGAGGAAACAGCUGUUAAGGUCCAUGGAUCAGAGAUGCUGCCAUAAGCUCACCUGCCAGACUCCUUUCUCUCCUCCUGCUUUCACAGCAGUGGUACUCUUCACCAGAGGCAUUUGGUCCCUGUCGUUUUCAUCUGGGAGCUGUAUGCUCGAUAUCUCUGGCCAGCACGCGAACAGCACAGAGCAUGGAGAUUCUGGGAAGGUGUGAGUCCUUUUCCCUCUGGAUAACUGUGUUGUCCUUUGGAAGGGUUCUCUCCGUGGAUUUCUCUUACCUGGGAUCCUCCCUGAGCCUGCAGUCCUCCUUCCAGGAGGACAACACAACACAGGUACUUUUAUAUUACCGAGGGAUUGCUUCUCCUUGUUCCAGUACCGAAGAUGGGAUUUGCAGGGCUAUGAACUGCACUUCCAGGAUCCCCGCCACAGGUUUUCAGAACUCCACAGUCCCGUGCCAGCUAGAGGGAGAGGCGGCCAUCUUCCCUGCUUCCCCAGGAUCCUUCCCCAUGAGAUUCUCCAGCUGCUGCUGGUCCCAGACUGUGCUCCCUCCCAAUGAGGAUAACAACUCCAGUGUCCAGUUUGAGAUGGUGAUGACUUAUACCCUGGGUGCUCGCUCUGAUACAGGAUCGACAAACACCUCUCCGCAGACUCCGCUUCUGCCUCCUCUCAGAGUUCCCCAAAACUGUGCUGCAUUGUAUAAUCUGAGCGUCUCAGACCAAGAUGGGGAUGUAGUGAGGUGUCGAUAUGGGCGUCGAGAGGAGCUUGCCUGUGCUUUCUGCAAGAAGUACCCUUUUCUGCAUUUGGAUGAGGACAGAUGUACCCUUAUGUACGACGGAAUGGGCUCCGAAGGCACCUACCCGGUGGAGCUGAUGGUGGAGGAUUUCCCCAGGAAAACGGUGGUCCUGAAAUUUGAGGAUGGGAUGCAUGAGAUUCAUCCAUACAAUGCUUCAGGACAGGGCUGGAACGAAGCCCUAAGUUCUGUCCCACUUCAGUUCACCUUAACAGUGGAGAAGCCAGUAGAUGACUGUGCCUUUGGAAUUAGAAGGCCAAUAUUUAUCAGCCCAACCCCAAGCGAUGGGGACAGGAUCAGCGUGCUGCCCUAUGAGGACGUUUCCUUCACAGUGAUGGCUGUCAGCGCAGGAGAAAGGAUGGCGGACUUGCAGGUUCUGGGUCCUUAUGGGCUGCACACAUUGGGUCCGUGGAUGGCAGACGAUCUCUGCACUGUGUCUGUGAAUAUCACCUGGGAGAGCACGAACCCUGUGAGAUUGCGCCAGGUUCCUGUAUGUUUUGUGGCCAGCACAUUGUCUGGAUUACAGUCUGAGCUCAGAUGCAUUUGGAUUGUGCAGAAAGCUGCUGAUUACCCACAGGGCACAGUUCUGCUGUGUCUUGAGGAUCGAAUGCAGCUCUCUGUUCCCCGAUCUAGUUUAGGAGACGUGCAGGAAAGCGAUCUUCAGAAGAAUAACCCUGAAUGCCUGAUCAGCAGCAACAGCACGCACCUUCUAAUCAAGAUCCCACUUGAUGUGUGUGGAACCAAGGUGAAGGAAGAUCCACCUUUCUUCAUCUUCACCAACAAAAUAAUUGGUCGACACCAAGGAGCAUUGUCCAGUCCAUUCAAGAAAACCCUGGCCAUCCCAGUGAGCUGCAAAUACACCAAACAGGAGGAGGGAGCUGGCAGCACCUACUGCCCUUUUGUGGGCCCCACAGAUAAAGGCUUUGGCAACUUCAGCUUUGAUAUUAGAUUCAGCACACAGACUGCAGGUGGGAUGAGGUCAUUAGAACAGGGGGCUUCCAUUAAUGCCAGUGUCAAUGACCAAUUAUUUAUCAGCGUGUCGGCCAAGAGCGACCUGGCUGAUGCCCAGCUGGUGGUGCAAUCCUGUCAGGUCCUAGGCAACCAGGACUCUUCCAAUGGCAUCUUCAUCAUACAAAAAGGAUGCUUGAAUUACAAGGCAGCCAAAGAAGUGAUUCCGGAAGAUUCCAAGGACAAAGUGUACAGCCUCAGGCUCUCCUCAGUAGCCGACACCGUUCCUGAGGUGUUUGUAACUUGUGACGUGAAGCUGUGUCGCAGCUUGAGCAGGUCCAGGCUAUGCCCUUCAGGGUGCAGGUCCUUCAAAAGCAAUGAUUCGCCAUGGAAGAUACUAGAAACAAAAAUCCAUCGGAUCACUGCUGGGCCAAUCCGGAUCACCAAGGGCCCUUCCAGUGGUACCAACUACACUGCCUUAGUGGUUGGGAUAGUGCUGGGCUGCACAGUGGUGUGUGUCGUCUUUCUGCUGGUGAAGAAGUCCUUUGUGGGGGUGCCAUACAGGAAUGUAUCCCUAAGAAUAUGAGACUAUCACUGCAAAAGGCAUUUAAGGAAGUCAGAUGGUUGGGAAGAUUACUGCACUUGAAGGACACAACUGAAAAUUCCGAGAGAGAGCAACAUCAAAGUUCGUGGGAAUCCGAUGCUGAGCAGAUUGCUUAUUGCAGCAUUUCUGAGUUUGGUACAGGUACCACUGAUGGCACUAAGUCCACAAUCAAGUGGUGUAUGGGUGCUUCUAGGAUCCACUAUGACACUGAUUAAAGAAAGAAUGUGGAAAACACCGGAUACUUGUGACUUUUAGAUGUGGUUUGCUUAAGGACUUGUCUUCACUGCAACAGAUAGCUUAAGUUAUUCCUCUGAAGUUCGCCUAGCUCAAGUAAGUGCAACCACACUGUGAAACAACACUCAAGCUACGGAGAAGAUUGGAUUAGCAUCUAAAUGAAUUGUGCUAACUUGAGUUGCAUCCCCAAUGCAUUGCUAGCUUGAGCAACAGACACACUAGAGCUUCAAACUACACCCAACGGACCAGCUAGCUAGGGUUUAAAGUAUCACCUAACAAGCCAGAGAUUUGUGUGUGUGGACAGCUGUCAGGUUGGGGGCAAUACUUGAGUUAUACCUCAAGCUAACACUGCCGUGAAGACAAACCUUCAGUCUUAACCUCUAAGAACUGAUGACUUACAGGAAACGUCUUAUAUAAACAAGCUGCUCUCGAACUACAAUCCAGGGCUUAGUGGUCUGGAGCACUUCCUGGUGGGCAUGUAGUAUUUUGAGUACCAAGUAGAACCAAGAUUUAGCUGUUGGGAAGGAAGGUGCUUUAUGAAAGAUACUCCUUUCUGAAGUGAUAUGCUUAAGAAGAGUUGGAGAACCAAUGGUGAAAUUAACAUGCAGGGCUACAUAAGCUUAUACAAAAUACAUGUAAGAUUGGACCAAGGCAAGAAAGAUCAUCUUCAAAGCUGUUGGAUUUUGCAGUGAGUUCAACGAGCACCUGCUCAUUUUGGAAAGAAAUCAGUGAGGCUCACUGAUAUCAUUUAUUUCUCUCUCUCACUCAAAAACUUUACAAGGCAGGCUUUUACAGAGAAUAUAGCUAGGUCUAUUUUCAUCCAGAUUGAUAAAGAUUACAGUCAUCCACUGACAAUUUGAUUUUUAUUUGUAAAUUGCUUUUCAGUAAGAGGAUGAGAGCUAGGAACUCAGCGAUGGAUAAACCUUGCUAACAUGGUUUUCCUCCCAUCCCUAUUGGUCCACCCUGCAUGUUGUGUAGGGACUGAGGUAUUAUGAGUUGAUCAGUUUGGGGAUUUUCCCCCUUUUCUCCAUGAGAACAUUUUAAAAAAUCAGAAGUUUUAAAAAACAUCAACAUACAUAUCAAGGGAUCCAUGAUUGUAUCAAAAUGCAGAGAGAGAAAGAGAGAGAGAGAGUUAUCAGCUGCAGAAAAUAUAAAACCAAGAUACUCCAAGCCACAGGCUCGCAAAGGAAAGAGUGGGCAACUGCUUUGUCCAUCACAUAUUCCAUUUUUCAAGUGAUGUGAAUUCAGCUGUGCCACAGUGAGACAAUUACACUAGCAUGUGCUGCAUCUACAGAUUCCAGAGUCCCACCCUGACAGCAUGAGCUACUUCAUGUAUACAGUAUUGUCAGCCCUAGGGCCAACAGGUCGUCUAAAGGCAAGCCCAUGUGGAUGAGAAUCAGGGUCAGGGUAUUUUCUAGCUGUAGUCUGUUUAUUGAUAAAAUGUACACAGGGUUCAGUUUCUUUGAUGAGUGGUACGAACAAACCACACACAGAUAGCACUCUUUUGCAGAAAUCUCAAGUGAGCCACUCCAGCCCUGUACCAAGUUGCCGGCCUUCUGUUUCUCUUCACUCAUUCCAACUGCUUACUCCCAGCCCCACCUCCACAGACAACGAGAAUCUAACCUGAGUUCAGGGCUCCAGAAAAUCUGUUAGCUCCAAACCUCUCAGCUGUAGCAUCAUGGGCUGGCCUUUGAGCCUGGACCAUAAGCCCCACAAUAUUUCUCAAUGACCCUCUGUCUGAUUACCUGCUUGUAUCCACCAUUUCUAUGAGGAACUUCUCAGGCCUUGUCUUCACGAUGAAAAGGUGCAUUCUUAAUUUGAGUUAGCUAACUCAAGGUAAAAUCCUCGAGAAGACAAGACACUCUGUAAUUAUUAUUUGUAUUACCAUAGUGCCUAGGAGCCCUAAUUAUAGAUCAGGACCCCAUUGUGCCAGGUGCUGUACAAACAGAACAAAAAGACAGUCCCUCCCCACAAAGAGUUUACUAGCAAAAUAUAAGGCAAGAGACCACAAAUGGGUAGAGAGACAGAUGGGGGAGUAUGAGGAAACAAUGAGGCUAUUCUGGUCAGUAUGACAGGCAGGGGUAUCAGCACACAAGUGGCCUACCCAUUGUCAAGUCUUUUGUAAGCACCAUGGUAAAGGACAGCUUUAAGGAGGGAUUUGAGGGAGGAUAAUCAGUAACUUUGUGGAUGUUUAUGGGGAGUACUUCCCAAGUGUGAAGGCCGGCAUGGAAGAAAGCAGAAGGUGCAUCUGAAAAAUUGUAGUAAGUGGGCAAUGGAGGUUGGCAUCAUUGGCUAAUCAAAGGAGUUGACAUCUUGAUUGUGAUUAAAAGUGGAUAGGUCUAGGGAUAGGCCUAGAAAGUGAAGACAAGCAACUUCCGUUUCCUGUGAUAGAGGGGGGACGGAGAGGCAAUGGAGAGCUGAACAGAGAGGAGUGACACAGUCAAAGCAAUAGGCUAGGAAAAUGAUUUUUACAGCAGCAUUCUUUAACGUGACCUUCUUAGGUGGAAACUACAGACUGCCUUGCCUUUGCUAGCAUUUUAUCUCAAGUUAGUCAACUCAAGUUAACACACACCUUUUACUGUCGUGUGAAGACAAGGCCUCAUGUCUCAACAAUUCUUAAUGACAAGCCAUUACAGUAUCUUAAGUCAAUUGCUUCAUGGAGUCAAUAUCUCUCCCUCAAUUAUUGAAACCUCCUGCUCCACGAGGGGGGAAUCACACACCUCCAGUUCCCACAAAUCACAGCUGGUAAGAUCAGCUUCCUUACCCCUCCCUGUCAUCCUGUCACCACCUUUUGUAAUCCUUCCCUGGCCUCCCCUCCUCCACCAUUUCAAAUACGAAGUUCUUUAAUCAAGGCUCGGCAUUAACCUACCCCUUUUUAUGCAGCCACCUCUCUCUCUAAUUCUAGAGCUCUCCGUUACACCAAUGCCAGCCUCAGUGCUCCAUUUGUUUACUCCCACGACCAGUUCUCUGCCAUGUCACCCUGUGCAGAGCACACUUCCUCAGCUGCUCUGUAAGGCCACUACACUCUAUUUAAAUUCUUCCUGAAGAGGCACUUCUAACGUACCACCUACAAGAAAUAAUCCAAUUAAAAAGGGUUUAGGCAGAGAGGGCAGACUGGGAGAGUUUAUAAUUAAAAUAUAACCUGGGACUGUAUUAAAGCAUAGGGUAAAAUUUUCAAAAGCACCAAAGUCCCAUUUUCAAAAGUGACUUAGGCACUUGGGUGCCCCAGUGCCCAAAGCCUGGUCUAUCCAGUCUUUGUAGUGGCAUAACUAUUCCAGUUAAGGGAGCGAUUUUUUUUUUAACUGAUAUAGUUUCCUGUGAUUCCAGUUUACUGGUACAACCUCGAGUGUGGCUGGAGUUAUACCAGUAUAAAAGUGCCUUAUACCAGGAGAGCUUAAGCUAUUCUCAUACAGAAACAGCUAUAUUGGUAUAAAGCUCCUCUAUACCGGUCCGACUGUCUCCACACUAGAGAGCAGUACAACUUGUGGGUGUAGAGAAGCCCUGAGUCACUUUUUGAAAAUGAACUUCAACUCUUAAGUGACUUGGGAGCUUUUGAUAAUUUUACCCAUGGCCAAUUCCCAGUUUGACCAUUUCUCUCACCCUUCAGCAUCAUGUUAAAUUGUAAACUCCUUGUGGCAGGGACAGUGCCUUCCUAUAUGUUUAUAUAGGGCCUAACAUAUUGGGAGACCAGUGUAGUACAAAUGAUAAAUCAGAGAAAAGAGAACAGGAAUUUUAAACAAUUGAUACAAGCAUCUGGCAAUGUUAGAGGGUGAAAGCUAAAUGACUCAUGAUCCAGAAAUGUACUUCCUGCAGGGUGACAAUGCAUUUAUGAAAUAUAAUGUCCGUAUGAAAGAACCCCAUCAGGGCUGUGUAUUCACUGGGCAUAUUCCACACCUGUAGUAGCCAGAAUUCUCUCAUUAUGGCCAGAAUUCUAAAGCCACUUGAUAACUAACCCCAUACCAAAUCCAAAGAAGCAAUAAAAUGGCUAUGGAAGAUUUCAGUUUUCUUCACCCCACAAAGGGCCAGUUACAGCGUUAGUAGAUGUCUCAACUACCAUUGCAGUGGAAUCAUAAAAGCUUCUUUGUUCAGGUGAGGCACUGCCUUGGCCAAAGGAAGUAUCUGCUACAUUUGCAGAGCUGCUACAAUGUCUGCAGCUGUGUUUUACUAUGCCAUUAAGCCAAAAGAAAACUGGAUUUUAAGAGGCAUUACAAGUCUAAAUUUAAACUGAGAAAAAGAAGGAAAUACACACUGAAGGUUAUUAUGUAGUAUCCACCUCUCAAUUUGGUGAAGUCCAAGUGUAAGAACAAGACCCACUCUAAGAAAUAAGAAAGCAAACAGCAGAAAUGUUCAGAAUGCGAGAGCCUUUUCUUUAGAGUGACACUGGCACGGUUUUAUGACAUUUUACAAUAUUAAAAGUACACUUGCCAUUUGUGAAGCACAGGGACAAACUUGAGUCUCCACUGAGGGAAACUUGACACACAUAAUAAAGGUCUGCUUGGAUGCGAGCGCUGAGAUGCCUACUAUGCAUACUUCUCAAUCUGCCAAGACCCAAACACAGAACAAUACUCUGCAUAACACAAUGUGUGGCAGAUUCAAAAAGGGACAAAAAUUAUUCAGACAGGAAACUUAAGAUGUCAUGGGAUUUUUUUUUUAGCGACACUCUUUCCACAACCUCAGUUUCAUGAUUAUUCAUGUCUGAUGUAAAUACACUUUCAACAAUAAAAUGAGGCGGAUGCCAAAUUUGUGUGGAACAUGAUUAACUUUGGGACUAAAUGAGUGACAGCUGAGAGAUGCUCCAACAGCUGGGCACAUAACAAUGACUUAACCUUUCAUUUUUUUCUCUGUGCCGGUACUUCAACUUUGUUUGCAUUUAACUAAUUUCAAAAUGAAGGGAGUGUUAAACAUGACAGUAGUUUUGGUGCCAAGAUCAUAUAUGCUUUUGAGAAGCAAAUUCAAGAGACGUAUUGAGGUUUUGAAAACAUUUUCCAAUAGUUCUUUGAUUACGAAAACUGUAACUUUGAGACUAUCAGCCAGUCCAGGGGCGAGGGGACUAGAUAGCGUGUCAUGAGACAGAAGCUGAUUAAAAGUGACAUCAGCUCUCUGUGCUCUGGCAUGUGUGAGGGAGAGGAGGGGAUAGAUGGCACUAACUUUCGUAACAAUGUUCACCCCAACGUACUUUAGUAAUGCAAUGAUACAGGAGCCCCAUUUCUAUAUAAAUCAAAUAUAUUUCACCGUCUGAAAUCACUGCAAUGUUCUCUCAGUCCAGGAUUUCUUCCAAAAUUUAAAAAAGUCUGAGGCAAACAUUAUCUACAACUUCCUUUGUAGAGUUACCUUUACCCCCUUUUCCAUCCUGUUACCCCUUUCAUUGCUCCACUCAGCAGAAACAAGUGUCCUUGCACUUUUAUCCAGUGACCAAAGAACAGGAAGGCUCCUCCCAAAGCUAACAUGCUCUCUGGACAUGUUUUGUAAGACAGCCUGAUAUUCUUUCCACCCCAGUGUAGACACUCACUAGUGACAGGAGGGGUUCUUCCAUCACUGUAGUAGUAAAUCCACCUCCCUGAGAGGCAGUAACGAGGUUGAUGGAAGAAUUCUUCCGUCAACCUAGCACUGUCUACACUGGGCCAUCCAUCAGCUUAACUACAUCCCUCAAGGGGUGUGAAUUUUUCACACCCCUGAGCAAUGUAGAUGGGCCAACCUUUCUAGUGUAGACCAGCCCUGAGUUUAAACUGGUCACAUUGUAUGAAAACUAUAUUUUUUAAAAACAGCAUCAGCUGUUCACUAUUUGUCACUAUAAUUUCUAAGGCUGUCACUUGCUCAUCCACCAUGCACAUUAGGGUGAGGGUUUCCUUUCAAAAUCACUUACUUGCUUUGCUAUUAGAAAUCAGGUCACUAACAAUCAGCCAAUGUUCUUUUUUCAUCAGACAGUGCAAACAGACAUUAUGCAUCACCUAUCAGGCCACUUCUUGCUAGGGCACGAAAUGCCUACUACCUGUUUUGCAAUAAAAAUGGCUCCAAUAUGGGGACUAUUUAGAUCAGAAAGAAAAAGGGCACACAAGAGGUAAUAAUGAAAAAUAAGGAAGACACCUCUUCAUCUAGUCCCAUCAAAAAUAUUAGGUAGUACAUUUAACAUAUACAUAUUUUUUACAAUGAUUAACCUGGAAAACUUCCUUGUACAGGUGCAUACAAGGUUUAGUAGAUAGUCACAAAGGCAAAAGAAAUACAUAAGCAGUUACAACAGAAAGUGUUAUGAUGGAGAGUUACCUUUUUAAUACUUUGAACUCAUCUAGCAUCUUCAAUCCAAGGGUCACCAAACACAUUGCCAAUUAGGAAUCAAGCCUCAGCACUCCCAUGAGAUGGCAACAAGUCCCUUGUUCCAGAUGGGGAAUGGAGAUGUUAAUAAGUUUGCACAAAAUCAGGUAGGAAGCCCAAGGCACAGCUUGAAAUAGAACCAGUUUAUUACCCAAAUCCAAUCAAAAACUAUUUUGAAUUAAAUUAUGUUUCACUUUCUGCUUUCAAAACCACAAGUUAUUGCCAUCACACUUGUAGUUCAAGCUGCCAUUGGGGAAAAAAUAGUACUUGGGACUCUAAUUUUGGGUGAAAUCAGCCUUGGUGAAAUUACAAGUCUCCUCUCCUGGCCCCUAAAUUUUUCAAUUCAGAAAAAUAAAAGCAGAAAAGAUUGGCAGUCUUGAGAGCAACUUUCAGUUUCCUGCCCUUGGAGAACUAGAUUUCUCUCAACUGCUUUUAAAUGGGGGUGGGGGAAUGAAGGAAGAGGCAGGAAUAUGGACUAUCAAAGCUGGGAACAUUCUAGAGAGAGAUGGGAGGCAGCGUAGGCUGGCGCAGUAUUUCUCAAACUUGUUUGAUCGCGCCCUUCUUUGUGUCUGUAGUAGUUUAUGCCCCCUCUUCUCACCACACAAGUAUACAAUACACAUAUCGAUAAAAAAAACCACCACCACCACCCCUAACAUGCAGCUCUCGUUUAAAUAUUAAAAGCAUUAAAGGUUUGAUCCAAACAGAGCCAACGAUCCAUUGUAAUAAGAGCAAAAGCAAAACAGCGAUUGUGGUCGAUGCUUACAAUGAAACGUGCAUGCCGUGUUGUAGCAAACAGAUUAACAUACAGAUGGCAACGACUUUGUAUAAUAAAAGGUUAACAGAAAUCCAUCAAUAUGCACAGCGCCAUCUGAGGAACUAUGAUGUCUGGAGGAAUCAGCUUUGCUAGUUAUUCACUGCUGUGGGUAAAAUGUGCACAGUAAAUUUUUUUCCCCACGAAAGCUGCUCAUGCACACCCCCCUCCUAGGGGCCCGCCUCCCAGUUUUAGAACCUCUGGUCUAGUGGAUAGGGCUUUGUCUGUUUUGUCUAUUUAGACUGUAAAUUCUUUGGGGCAGAACCUAUCUCUUGCUCUGUGAGAGUAUGUCACCCGGCACAGUGGGGCCCCAAUCUCAGUCCUGGUCUAUUCUGCAGAGUUAGGUAGACUCAAAACAGCUGACGAUGACCUAUGUAAACAUCUACACUAAAAUUUCGCUCCCACAGACAUAACUGGCCUGCUACAUCAACUUAACUCGACCUUCACGAGAGGCGUAGAGUCAAUGUUGAUGUAGUUAGGCUGACACAGUGUGAAUGUAGACACUGCGUUGCUUACAUCGACUGUUGCUGGCUUUCAGAAGCUGUCCCACACGGAUAGUUCAAUUGGUGCAAGUGCUGCUGGUGAGGACAUGCACCGCUGACAUAAGUAGCAAAGUGUAAACAUGCACAAGUGAUAUAAUUACUACAACGACUGUAUGCUGAUGUAAUUUAGGUCGGCUUAAUUUUGUAGUCUAGACAUGGCCUCUCUCUGAGCCUCUACUUGCUACUGAAAUAGAUGUUCCACAUCAUUUCACUGGAUGGUCCACUGAAACUGCAGCUGAGACGUAUGUUCUGGCAGCAGAGAAAAAACUAAAAGAAAAUCCUUGACAGGAGGUGACAGGGAUGAAGAUUUAACCAACAUUUCCAUCACAAGUGCAAAUCUGAAAACAGGGAUUCAGUUUAUAACACAGCCAGAAAUCCUAGAAACCCCAUGGCAAAUUAUUUAAGCUCACACAGCAGUUUUGAGAGGAAGUAGAGCUAAUAAACAUUUCCCCUCAGAAAAGGGAACGAGGCUGGUCUGCCAGAUGACUAUGAUUACAGCAUCUGAUGCUCCCUUUAAGGAAAAACAUAACCAGGAGAAACUUACGAGUUAGGCUCCCUAGAGAAUACUGCAGAAAAGGGUGGUCUCAAUUUCAGUCAUGAAAAAAAAAAAAAAAAAGCCACCCAUGAAUGCAUCCACCUUCCGGCAACAGCUUUCGCAUAGUUAGGACUAAGGUGGAGGGAAAACCCUUCUUUGUGGUCUGACUGUCCCCUUUCAUUUUUUAAAUGGAUGGAAAGGAACAAAUGAUAUGCUCAAUAUGAAAUGCAAAGAGAAUGAGUCAUUGAUCUGCUAAGAAACUACAUACAGGAUGAAAUCUAUUUGGUCCAAGUAAAUUCAUUUUUACUUCUGUAAUAAAAUUAUUUCCAAGAACAGACAAUUGCACUGUAUUUGCCAGAGAUCAAUAUUUCUAACAAUCCAAACAAUACAAAUUCAUCAUACAUGCUGCACACAACAGUACUGCAAAGGACUUUUUAGAGGGUCCUUUAAAACAAUCUUUGAGCAGAUUUUUUACAGAAGUGCACAAUGAGAAAAGAGCACAUUAUGUCAAUGGUAUCGCCAAGGUGAGCUGCUUCAGACUCAGUUGUUCAGUUGCACUCAUGCAGGAUUUAUCUAAGCAUUUUCCUUUAUAUCUCAAAUUU